CUGAACAUAUCAUAGUCAGAGACAUAAAAGUGAUGAUGAUGUACAAGGUCCCAUGUACAUGGAACCAGAAGAGAACCACCUGCCAAGUCUGCGUAGAAUUUUGUUUUCAACUGCCACAUCAGUGAAGGGUUUGAAUCCUCUUUUCAAAAUAUUCAUUUUUCUAGUCUGGUGAUGUAAUGACAGGCUUUGCUCGGCUACUGAAGUAGCCAGCCAACCACAGUGUUAUGAAUAGAAAGCGACUUGUUCUGUCUUGUGGAGUCAGGGUGGUGCUCCAGGGUGGACCCUGUCUUUUGCAUGUGGUACACACACGCUGUAAUUUUAGACUUGCUGAAUGUGAAUUGUAGAAUUUUGAUUUGGUAAUGCGCCCUCUUAUUUAGGUUUUGUCCAUUUCUCACACAAAUAUACAGUUAGACUCACAAUUUUGUGAUGUAAACAUCCAAUUGCCAUACUUUUAAAUAGUACUACACACUUUUAUUUAAUAGUGUUUGAGUACAUUGAACAGUGAAUCACUUAUGAGAAGUGUUAAACACAUACAGGACUGUUCCUAUGAGGUCACAGCUUGAAGCUGGGAACCCUGGACAUCCCUCGCACCAGAAGCCUCCUUCACCUCCUCAAGCAAGAGUUGAUUUGCCCAUAAAGGAAAAGGCGUAGUGGAGAUCAAGAAAAAAUCUAUUUAAAUCUUGUCCUGCUGCAAAUGCUGCUGAGAGAAAAAAGAGGGGGAUGUGAAAGCCUUUGUUGCUAGAGAGAGCAUGAAUGUGCUGAAAUCAGAUCUGGGUGCAGUCACGGUAUGCUUGUCUCUGAAGCCCGGGUGAAUAAUUAUGGUCACGCAUGUUAAAUGGCCUAUUAAAAAAGAUCAAGCAUCAUCUGGCGGGAAGGGGGAGAACAUCGGUUUUGACAAUUCAAAAUCUGUUGUUGCUUCUUCUCACUGCACUGUAAUACAGCUACUUAUUGCCUGCUUCAUUAAACAAACAAACCCCUGAACAAGGCAUGUUCCAGUCAGGAGUUUACCCAUACCGAUCAGCCAGAGUGCCGAUCACAUGGCUUGACUAUCAAUUUGUAAUCCAAAUGAUGAGACCUUCUGUGUACAUGAUGUGAAAAAAUGAACCAUUAAGUCAUUUUAAUUCAGACACAUUUUUAUAUUCCUUUUAAAGGAGGAAAAAAAAACAGAAAAAAACUUAAUUCAAUGUGAGAUGUCGACGUGUGGAGAAUCUAUGGAGACUUUGUUAUGUUUGUGAUAUAUUUAGCUGUCUCACUUUCAGGAGCCCAGAAAACUGUGCGCCAUCAAAUGCUUGUAUUUAUUUCGUGACGCAGAAGUAUUUUAAUGCGAUUUUCCAGUGCAUGCGCUGCAGGAUGCAAACUUUACAUGACAGAUUAAAAGAACUUCCACAGCAGACAUGCUGCUGCCAAGUGAGUUGCGGGUCGGGAGGCUUGGACGCAUCACAACCAGCGCUUCAUCAGAGUGUCGGCUGUCACACAUGAUCGCUGUUUGUGAUCGGCAAUGACAGAUAGUUGGGAUGGGCGAUAUGGACACAAAAAAUCAUAAUAAAUGUUGUCAUUUGAGCGAUAAUAAUUAUCAUGAUAAAUAAAUCUUCUAUUCCAUGUGUUGGACACAUAAGUGUCUCUUGAAAAACAGAGUUUUUUUCCAACAUCAUCAUUUGUUUAGAUUUAGAUGUAAUAGUUCACUAACUGUUGAGAUGAGAAAUUCAAUGUUUCACAUCUCGUAGAACCCAGUCGUGUCUGGCAGACUGCUCUGCCAGUUUUAUUUAGGGGUUAAAUUGAGCCAUCUAUCUGCUAUCCCCAAUGUAUCUCACAUCUCUGAACAGUUAACUUUAACUAUGGACCCAUCUGGACACAUUUCCUCGAUGCUAUUGAGGAAAUAUUAGAAAUAAUGUUCUCGAAAUCAUUAUAUAAACUGUCAGUCCCUUGUCUCCUGUGAUGAAAAACCUUUUGACAAUUCUCCCUCCAUAAGUGGCUGUCUUUUAUUGGCUUGUUUGAUGAUUUCACUAAUACUUGGACUGUUUUAGAAUUUGUUGAUGGGACCUAGCUGAUGCUGGGUUGUAGAAUUACCGCUACCUGUGAUAUUGUGACGCCAAUACCGUCAGUCGAAUGUCCACGUUGUUUCACCGAGACCUGCAUGUGUUGAUAAGAACCAAUGCAGACAACCGUGUCAGGAAGGCGUUUAAAACGUGUUAUUUCUUUUUUUUCUCCCCGCGUGCACAAUGCACCAUGCGACCGUGCGCGAUGCUCCAUGUGGCCCAGUGCAACACACGAUCCAUGCCACCCUGCCUGGAACACUACCGAAGGAAACCGUUCUUUCAGUCCAUUGAAAUACCUGUGUGUAACAUUUUACGUUGAAGGCUGCCUUUUUCAUCAGUAUAUUACACAAAAGUCCACUUUCCCAAAGUCAGUAUCUUACAUCAUUUCAGUGAGGAUGCUUUGGUUUGUCAAUGUCUCUGUUUUGGCACUAGAUGGUAAUGAAUGUUGGUUCAGACCUUUGAGCAUCCAGUGAGGUGUAUGAUCAGAUUCCACUGUGGUGCCAUAUUCAGACCUGUCAGUACAUAUGUGUCCUGACUGGGUGUGGUAUUUAAGGUGUGUUUAAGCAUGUCUAUCCUAUUGAGGCCCAAUUUUGGGGAAACACCUCCUUGUGGGCCCCUUUUGCCUGAUCCCACAAGGUUUAAGCCUCUAUUUGAGGCUUAAAACAACAAGGUAAUUAAAAUAGGGUUUGAGUGUGUAAGAGUCAUGGUUAAGUUUAGACAUUUGUUUUGGAUGGUUGGGUUAAUUUAAGGAUGUCAAUGAGCAGACCCCACAAAGAUAAUAUGACAAACCUCUGUGUGUGGGAAAGACUGCACAAUCAUGCUUUGCUUCUGCUGGAGAACAAUUUUUAAUCCUGUGUGGGAAUUAUAUGCUUGACUUGCUCUUGUUUCUACCACAAUAAAUGUGGUGCUGAAAACAACAGUUGAGAUCAUUAUCUUUAUAAUGUGGAAAAAGCUCAUUAUUUCAACCACUGAGUGGUAGACGCUUCCUGCAUGUUUUCUAGAAAGUACGAAGGCAGUCCGGCUUACCCGUUCACCUUCCUGGGCAGAAAUAAUUGAUGUAAUCUCCUUCAGCCAUAUGUCUGGACAUAUGGUGGCUGUGGCUUGCAGCCUUCUCUCAGUCGCUUCAGUCUCAGUAGAAAUGCCAACUAAGCUGAGGAGGGCUUGAUUGAUCAGCAACGAUUGAUCAGUCUAUUCCCUACGUAAUUGCUCAGCAAGUACUGAAAAUGCUUAGCGUUUUCAGCAUCGCAUGUAUGUCAUCUUCAGUACAGUCAUCGCAUGCACAUGUCUUUAACUCACCUGUCGAGUUUGAGACGCCGAAGAAUGGUUUCGUCACUCUGGGAUCCCUCCCCCUCACUGAGGAGCAUGUAAUUCAGAGCUUCCGGAGAACUGGACUGACACGAGGGAGACACUUGUGGAGGGCAUGGUGUUCCAACUCAAAUAUCUAGGAGUGACCAUGGUGGAGCAGCCAAAAGGAGAAGAGCUGUCGGCAGCUGCUGUCAAGAGGAUAGUUGCCACGGCAAAAGCAAGUGGAAAGAAGCUCCAGAAAGUCACAUUAAAAGUCUCCCCUCGUGGAAUCAUCCUUUACGACAGUGCCUCAAACCAAUUGAUAGAAAAUAUUUCCAUAUACAGAAUAUCAUAUUGCACAGCGGACAAGAUGCAUGACAAAGUAUUCGCAUACAUUGUCCAGAGCCAGCAGAACGAGACCCUCGAGUGUCAUGCCUUCCUCUGUACGAAGAAAAAAGUGGCGCAGGCUGUUACACUAACCGUGGCUCAGGCUUUCAGAGUGGCGUUUGAAUUCUGGCAGGCUGCCAAAGAAGAGAAGGAAAAGAGGGUGAAGUCGGGCUCGGAUGGGGAAGCAGCCAGCAGCUCGCAGUCGGAAAGCUCGGCGAGCAUCGGCAGCAUGAAAGGAGGAGGAGAGGUUGCCACGGCGAAGCUCCUCGACAUCGCUGAGGGGGCAAAGGCAGCACUGGUGCAUUCAGGAACAACACAGACGGGAUCUGAUCCCUUCAUGGUGAAUAAUCAUGCAACAGAGAACAACAACACUGUCUGGGAGCUGGAGGACGGUCUGGAUGAGGCUUUCUCAAGACUCGCUGAGUCUCGCACUAACCCCCAGGUCCUGGACAUUGGGGUAAACCCUCAGGACUUCAACUCUGAUGAGUGCCUGUCUCCGGGGAAAUGGGACCAAGAAGACCUCGACUUCUCAGCACAAAAAGACUUUGGGUUCUGAGCUGAUGCCAGACAAAUGAGGGGAGCGUGCUGUGGAAGAAGGACGACGGAGGAGUUUCAGGAUCCCGCUGCAUUGUCCGAGCUGCUUCUGCGUCGUCUCAGCCGGAGGAGCGCGACACGCUGCUCUGAAACCAGGCCAAAGCAAUAAAACCUUUCUAGAUGACAAAUGCAGUGCUUUGUUUGUCGUCACCUGUCACCUCUGUCUGUUUACGUGUUUUGUUACUUGCUUUUUGUACAACAAAGGAUGUCCGUAUAUAAAAUAGUGAGUUGGAAAAAAGGUCAAGAGGGUGCUGUCACUGUUUCAGUCGUGUGAAUAGGUGAGCGUUGCUAGUGAAGGUCACCGUGGCCAGGCUACCUGUGUGCUGCACGAGAAGCUUUAACAAAUGUUUAUCAGAAGACUGUGUGGGUUUGACUGCAGGAUGGAUGUGAACAAAAUGACAAUCUUUUUUCUAAUGCAAAAGUAUAUUUUUGCAUAUUCUCCAUAUUUAAAAGCACACAUGUUAAGGGAAUUUAAUGUCAAUAUUAUUUUUAGUGCCUGAACUCACUGGACUUUUUCUUUAUUUGGAUCAACACCUGGACUUGUUCCUAUGUUCAGGACCUCAAGUGAUGAUGUGAUGUAAUGUCAGAUAAGAUUCACUGACUAACAGCAAGGAUGAAGAGUGUUCGCCAUUUUAAAACAAAUUAAUCCACUAAGGUUAAUACGACUUUUGUGUUCUAUUACUUUCCUUAAAUUAUGAUUUUCUUUAAUGCGUUUACCCUUUUUUUCCCUAGUGUUGCUUUUGAUACUUGUGUUUGACCUUAUUUAUAAAAUGAGAUCAGCUUCAAUAAAAUAAUGUUUCUUAUGUUUA